ACCAUCACUAAAGAAACAUAUAAAACCACUACUGAAGAAAUAUGCAAGACAACUAUUGAAGAAACAUGUAAAACCACUAUCAAAAAAAUGUUAAGACCAUCACCAAAGAAAUAUGCAAGACCAUUAUUAAAGAAAUGUGCAAGACCACCAUUAAAGAAAAAUGCAAGACCACUACUAAAGAACAUCUAUCAGAAAAAUACUACUACUAAAAAACUUGUAAGACUACUACCAAGAAGAAAAUCUAAUGCCAGCAUCAAUAAUGAUACCUGUGAUAAUAUCAACUAUGAUGUGCAAGACUACUACCAAAGAAACUUGCAAGAUUAUCACCAAGAAGAAAAUCUAAUG